AUGCCUCCUAUAUCCCCACUCGCCCCACUUCUAUCCCACUGCUCCCUCUAUCCCCUCUCUAUCCCAACUACCCCUCCACUAUCUCCAGUCGCCCCUCUAUCCCCACCACCCUCUAACCCCACUACCCCUCCGUUAUCACCGCUCUCCCUCUAUCUCCACUCGCCCCUCUAUCUCCACUCGCCCCUCUAUCCCCACUACCCCUCUAUCCCCACUAUCCCUCUAUCCCAACUACCCAUCUAUCUCCACUCGCCCCUCUAUCCCCACUAUCCCUCUAUCCCCACUCCCCAUCUAUCACCACUACCCCUCUAUCUACACCCACCUCUAUCCCAACUACCCCUCUAUCCCCACUACCCACCUAUCCCCACUACCCCUCUAUCCACACCCACCUUUAUCCCCACUCACCCCUUUAUCUCUAAACCCCCUAUAUCUCCACUACUUCUCCUCUAUCCCCACUUACACGAAUCGCUGGUGGACAUGAGGCACUCAAGAUCAAGAGCCAUGCCAAAUUUAUUCUUUGUUAAGUGUCGUUGGGCAGUUCAGAAUGAUGAUGAUGAUGAUCUCCCCUCUAUCCCCAUCCGCCCCUCUAUCCCCACUCCCCCUCUGUUCCCACUACCUCUCUAUCUCUACCACCCCUCCUCUAUCUCCACUCGCCCUUCUGUCACCACUCGCCUCUCUAUCUACAACCCCGCUCUAUCACAAAUGCCCCCUAUAUCCCCACUCGCCCCACUUUAUCCCACUGCUCCUUCUAUCCCCCCUCUAUCCCAACUACCCCUCCACUAUCUCCAGUCGCCCCUCUAUCCCCACCACCCUCUAACCCCACUACCCCUCCUCUAUCACCGCUCUCCCUCUAUCUCCACUCGCCCCUCUAUCCCCACUACCACUCUAUCCCCACUCCCCAUCUAUCCCCACUACCCCUCUAUCCACACCCACCUCUAUCCCAACUACCCAUCUAUCCCAACUACCCACCUAUCCCACUACCCCUCUAUCCCCACUACCCACCUAUCCCCACUACCCACCUAUCCCCACUACCCCUCUAUCCCCACUACCCACCUAUCCCCACUACCCACCUAUCCCCACUACCCCUCUAUCCCCACUACCCACCUAUCCCCACUACCCACCUAUCCCCACUACCCCUCUAUCCCCACUACCCCUCUAUCCCCACUACCCACCUAUCCCCACUACCCACCUAUCCCCACUACCCCUCUAUCCCCACUACCCAUCUAUCCCAACUACCCCUCUAUCCCCACUACCCACCUAUCCCCACUACCCCUCUAUCCCCACUACCCACCUAUUCCCACUACCCCUCUAUCCACACCCACCUUUAUCCCAACUACCCACCUAUCCCCACUACCCCUCUAUCCCCACUACCCACCUAUCCCCACUACCCCUCUAUCCACACCCACUCUAUCCCCACUCCCCAUCUAUCCCCACUACCCCUCUAUCCCCACUACCCCUCUAUCCACACCCACCUCUAUCCCCACUACCCCUCUAUCCCCACUACCCACCUAUCCCCACUACCCCUCUAUCCCCACUACCCCUCUAUCCCCACUACCCCUCUAUCCCCACUACCCACCUAUCCCCACUACCCCUCUAUCCACACCCACCUUUAUCCCAACUACCCACCUAUCCCCACUACCCCUCUAUCCCCACUACCCACCUAUCCCCACUACCCCUCUAUCCACACCCACUCUAUCCCCACUCCCCAUCUAUCCCCACUACCCCUCUAUCCACACCCACUCUAUCCCCACUCCCCAUCUAUCCCCACUACCCCUCUAUCCCCACUACCCACCUAUCCCCACUACCCCUCUAUCCCCACUACCCACCUAUCCACACUACCCCUCUAUCCACACCCACCUUUAUCCCAACUACCCACCUAUCCCCACUACCCCUCUAUCCCCACUCCCCAUCUAUCCCCACUACCCCUCUAUCCACACCCACCUCUAUCCCAACUACCCAUCUAUCCCAACUACCCCUCUAUCCCCACUACCCACCUAUCCCCACUACCCCUCUAUCCCCACUACCCACCUAUCCCCACUACCCCUCUAUCCACACCCACCUUUAUCCCAACUACCCAUCUAUCCCCACUACCCCUCUAUCCCCACUACCCACCUAUCCCCACUACCCCUCUAUCCACACCCACCUCUAUCCCAACUACCCAUCUAUCCCAACUACCCCUCUAUCCCCACUACCCACCUAUCCCCACUACCCCUCUAUCCACACCCACCUUUAUCCCAACUACCCACCUAUCCCCACUACCCCUCUAUCCCCACUACCCACCUAUCCCCACUACCGCUCUAUCCACACCCACCUUUAUCCCAACUACCCACCUAUCCCCACUACCCCUCUAUCCCCACUACCCACCUAUCCCCACUACCCCUCUAUCCACACCCACCUUUAUCCCAACUACCCACCUAUCCCCGCUACCCCUCUAUCCCCACUACCCACCUAUCCCCACUACCCCUCUAUCCACACCCACCUUUAUCCCAACUACCCAUCUAUCCCCACUACCCCUCUAUCCCCACUACCCACCUAUCCCCACUACCCCUCUAUCCCCACCCACCUUUAUCCCAACUACCCACCUAUCCCCACUACCCCUCUAUCCCCACUACCCACCUAUCCCCACUACCCCUCUAUCCACACCCACUCUAUCCCCACUACCCCUCUAUCCCCACUACCCACCUAUCCCCACUACCCCUCUAUCCCCACUACCCAUCUAUCCCCACUACCCCUCUAUCCCCACUACCCACCUAUCCCCACUACCCCUCUAUCCACACCCACCUUUAUCCUAACUACCCAUCUAUCCCAACUACCCCUCUAUCCCCACUACCCCUCUAUCCCCACUACCCCUCUAUCCCCACUACCCACCUAUCCCCACUACCCCUCUAUCCACACCCACCUCUAUCCCAACUACCCACCUAUCCCCACUACCCCUCUAUCCCCACUACCCACCUAUCCCCACUACCCCUCUAUCCACACCCACUCUAUCCCCACUACCCCUCUAUCCCCACUACCCACCUAUCCCCACUACCCCUCUAUCCACACCCACUUCUAUCCCAACUACCCAUCUAUCCCAACUACCCCUCUAUCCCCACUACCCACCUAUCCCCACUACCCCUCUAUCCACACCCACCUUUAUCCCAAUUACCCACCUAUCCCCACUACCCCUCUAUCCCCACUACCCACCUAUCCCCACUACCCCUCUAUCCACACCCACUCUAUCCCCACUCCCCAUCUAUCCCCACUACCCCUCUAUCCACACCCACUCUAUCCCCACUCCCCAUCUAUCCCCACUACCCCUCUAUCCCCACUACCCACCUAUCCCCACUACCCCUCUAUCCCCACUACCCACCUAUCCCCACUACCCCUCUAUCCACACCCACCUUUAUCCCAACUACCCACCUAUCCCCACUACCCCUCUAUCCCCACUACCCACCUAUCCCCACUACCCCUCUAUCCACACCCACCUUUAUCCCAACUACCCAUCUAUCCCAACUACCCCUCUAUCCCCACUACCCACCUAUCCCCACUACCCCUCUAUCCCCACUACCCAUCUAUCCCCACUACCCCUCUAUCCCCACUACCCACCUAUCCCCACUACCCCUCUAUCCACACCCACCUUUAUCCCAACUACCCACCUAUCCCCACUACCCCUCUAUCCCCACUACCCCUCUAUCCCCACUACCCCUCUAUCCCCACUACCCACCUAUCCCCACUACCCCUCUAUCCACACCCACCUUUAUCCCAACUACCCACCUAUCCCCACUACCCCUCUAUCCCCACUACCCCUCUAUCCCCACUACCCCUCUAUCCCCACUACCCCUCUAUCCCCACUACCCCUCUAUCCCCACUACCCCUCUAUCCACACCCACCUCUAUCCCAACUACCCAUCUAUCCCCACUACCCCUCUAUCCCAACUACCCCUCUAUCCCAACUACCCCUCUAUCCCCACUACCCCUCUAUCCCCACUACCCCUCUAUCCCCACUACCCCUCUAUCCCAACUACCCCUCUAUCCCAACUACCCCUCUAUCCCCACUACCCACCUAUCCCCACUACCCCUCUAUCCCCACUACCCACCUAUCCCCACUACCCCUCUAUCCACACCCACCUCUAUCCCAACUACCCCUCUAUCCCCACUACCCCUCUAUCCCCACUACCCCUCUAUCCCCACUACCCCUCUAUCCCCACUACCCCUCUAUCCCAACUACCCCUCUAUCCCAACUACCCCUCUAUCCCCACUACCCACCUAUCCCCACUACCCCUCUAUCCCCACUACCCACCUAUCCCCACUACCCCUCUAUCCACACCCACCUCUAUCCCAACUACCCAUCUAUCCCAACUACCCCUCUAUCCCCACUACCCCUCUAUCCCCACUACCCCUCUAUCCCCACUACCCCUCUAUCCCCACUACCCCUCUAUCCCCACUACCCCUCUAUCCCCACUACCCCUCUAUCCCCACUACCCACCUAUUCCCACUACCCCUCUAUCCACACCCACCUCUAUCCCAACUACCCCUCUAUCCCCACUACCCCUCUAUCCACACCCACCUUUAUCCCCACUCGCCCCUCUAUCCCAACACCCUCUCUAUCCCCACUCGCCUUAUAUCCCCACUCACCCCUUUAUCUCUUAUACCCCUAUUAUGGGCUAUAUCCCCACUACUUCUCCUCUAUCCCCACUUACACGAAUCGCUGGUGAUUGUCGUUUAA